AUGCCUCCAAAACGGCCAUUGUCCAGCCACACGAAACAGUACAGGAAGCAGCUGCAGUGCAUUGUGGUCAUUCAGAAGAACUACCGGGCGUUCUUCUGGCGCAGGAGGUUCCUGCUGCUGCGGCAGGCGGCGCUCACCUUCCAGCGGCUCGUCCGCGGCCGGCGCGCCCGCCGCCUCUGCAGCCUGCUCCUGGAGGAGAGGCGGAGCAGGGAGGAGGAGGAGGAGGAGAGGAGGCGCAGCGAGGAGCGGAGGGAGAUGGAGAGAGAAAGACAACGGUUGGAGACUGAGUUACUUGCGAAACAGGCGGAGGCAGCGAGGGCGCUGGAGGAGGCUCGGUGCGAGGAGGCGCCCGGGGAGGAGCCCGGUUCCACCCUGGUCCCGGGCUCCGUGGAGGAGGAGGCGCCGGCGGCGGCGGCGGCGGACGGGAUCCGCCCCCAGGAGGUGUCCAAGGUGGAGGAGAUCCUCCGCCUGGAGCGGGAGAUCCAGGCCCUGCAGCGGCAGAAGGAGCGGCAGGAGCUGUCCCUCACGGAGGCCUCCCUGUGCCGGCUGCACCUCCUCCGGGACCAGGAGCUGCGGCGGCUGGAGGACGACGCCUGCAAGGCCGCCCAGCAGUUCCUCGACUCGCUGAACUUCGACGAGAUCGACGAGUGCGUCCGCAACAUCGAGAGCUCGCUGGGCUCCGGCGGCGAGGCGGCGGCGGCGCCGGCCAAGGGGGGCGGCGAUGAGGGGGAGCAGGAGGAGGAGGAGGAGGAGGAGGUGGACGAGGGCUUCGGCGCCGACGACGACAAAGACUCGCCCAACCCCAGCGAGCACGGCCACUCGGACGGCCAGCGCACCAGCGGCAUCCGCACCAGCGACGACUCGUCGGAGGAGGACCCGUACGCCAACGACGGCAUAGCCCCGCCCCCCGGCCUGCUGCACCCGGGGGGGGGGGCCCUCCCACCGCCACCGCCGCCCGUCGCCUGCCACAGCGUGUCCUCCAGCGGGGACUCUGCCUACUGCCACCCCCAGGCCUCGUCGGAGGCCCCGUCGGAGGUGGAGCUGAUCCCGCCCGACGAGGACUCGGACUACGACCAGGACGACUACGACCAGGACGCCCUGGGCUCCAGCGCCGGGCGGCCCGGGUCGCACCCCCGCAGCGGGCAGUGGUCCCCGGACUACCAGGGCUCCCUGGGCACCUACAGCAGCUCGGCGGCAUACCGCUUCAGCUCCGAGGGGCCGCAGUCUUCGCUGGAGGACAGCGAGGAGGACUUCGACCGCUUCGAGACGGACGAGGAGCUGUCGUACCGCCGCGACUCUGUGUACAGCUGCGUCACGCUACCCUACUUCCACAGCUUCCUCUUCAUCAAGGGCGGUCUGAUGAACACGUGGCGGCGGCGCUGGUGCGUGCUGAAGGACGAGACCUUCCUGUGGUUCCGGGCCAAGCAGGAGGCCCUGAAGCAGGGCUGGCUCCACAAGAAGGGCGGCGGCUCCUCCACACUGUCGCGCCGCAACUGGAAGCGCCGCUGGUUCGUGCUACGGCAGAGCAAGCUCAUGUACUUCGAGAACGACGGCGAGGACAAGAUGAAGGGCAUGCUGGACAUGCACGCCGCCAAAGAGGUGGUAGAUAACACGGGUAAGGAAAACGGGCUGGACAUCGUGAUGGCCGACAGAACGUACCACCUGAUCGCAGAGACCGCAGAGGACGCCAGCCAGUGGUUCAGCGUUCUGAGCCAGGUGCAGGGAUCCACGGAGCAGGAGAUCAGAGAGAUGCACGAUGAGCAGGCCAACCCCCAGAAUGCAGUGGGGACUCUGGAUGUGGGGAUGAUUGAUUCAGUUUGUGCAUCAGACAACCCAGAGAGGUCCAACUCGUUUGUGAUGAUCACGGCGAACCGCGUGCUGCAGUGCCAGGCGGACACGCCGGAGGAGAUGCACCACUGGAUCACCCUGCUGCAGCGCUGCAAGGGCGACACGCGCGUGCACGGCCAGGAGUUCAUCAUCAGGGGCUGGCUGCAGAAGGAGCUGAAGAACAGCAGCCGCGCGGCUCUGAAGCUGAAGAAGCGCUGGUUCCUGCUGACGCACAACUCCCUGGACUACUACAAGAGCUCGGAGCGCCAGGCGCUGAAGCUGGGGACGCUGGUGCUCAACAGCCUCUGCUCCGUGGUGCAGCCCGACGACAAGGUCUUCAAGGAGACCGGCUACUGGAACGUGACGGUGUUCGGGCGGAGGCACUCGUACCGCCUCUACACCAAGCUGCUGACGGAGGCGUCCCGCUGGGCCGGCGCCAUCCAGACCGUCAUCGACUCCAAGGCGCCCAUCGACACGCCCACGCAGCAGCUCAUCCACGACAUCAAGGAGAACUGUCUGAACUCUGAGGUGGUGGAGCAGAUCUACAAGAGGAACCCCAUCCUCCGUCACAGCCACCACCCGCUCCACUCGCCCCUGCUGCCCCUCCCCUACGGGGACAUCCACCUCAGCUCCCUGAGGACCAAGGGCCCCACCACCCUGCAGGACGAGGCGCUGAAGGUGUUCGCCUCGCUGCAGCACCUGGAGGGCGUGGCGGACCCCCUGCCCGUCAUCCAGGGGGUCCUGCGGACGGGCCAGGAGCUGCGGCCCCUGAGGGACGAGCUGUACUGCCAGCUGGUGAAGCAGACGGCGCGGCCCCCCCACCCCGGGGGCCCCGGGAACCUGUGCAGCUGGAGGAUCCUGGCCUGCAUGGCCUGCACCUUCCUGCCCAGCCGUGGCGUGCUCCGCUACCUCAAGUUCCACCUCAAGAGGACGAAAGAGCUGUCCCCCAACUCGGAGAUGGAGCGCUACGCCUCGUUCGCCCUGGACUCCCUGAAGAAGACCCGCACCCGGGAGCACGUCCCGGCGCAAGAGGAGAUCCGGGCCAUCGUGGCCCGCCAGGAGAUGACCACCAUGGUGCACUGCCACGGCGGGGGGUCCUGCAAGAUCACCAUCAACUCGCACACCACCGCCGGCGAGGUGGUGAAGAAGCUGACCUGGGGCCUGGCGAUGGAGGGCAGCAGGAACAUGUUCGCUCUGUUCGAGCACAACGACAGCGUGGACAAGGCCAUCGAGGGCCGCGCCGUGGUGGCCGACGUGCUCGCCAAGUUUGAGAAGCUGUCAGCUGGCCAGGACCCCCAGGCCACCGGCUGGAGGUUCUACUUCAAGCUGUACUGCUUCCUGGACACCGACGGCGUUCCCAGGGACAGCGUGGAGUUCGCCUUCAUGUUCGAGCAGGCCCAUGAGGCUGUGAUCCGCGGCCGCUACCCGGCCCCUGAGGAGACGCUCCAGUUCCUGGCGGCCCUGCGGCUGCAGUACCUCCUGGGGGACCACGGCUCCCCGGCCCCCCUCCCCGACAUGGCCCAGGUGUUCCCCGUGGCGCGGCUCCGCGCCCGCGUGCAGAACUCGGCCAAGACCUUCGCCCCGGGCGCCGGCUCGGUGUCGGAUCGCUCCUCCGGGACUGGCGAGAGGAAGCGCUCCAGCUUCCUGGAGGGAACGCUGAGGAGGAGCUUCAGGAGCGGCUCGCUGAGCCGGCAGAAGCUGCUGGAGGAGGAGAACUCGCUGGAGGCGUGGCUGCGCGAGGAGACGGCGGCGGUGCACGCCAGCGUGCUGGACAAGUGGCGGCGGCUGGUGGGGAUGAACCAGGAGCAGGCCAUGGGGAAGUACAUGGCCCUGGUGAAGGAGUGGGCGGGCUACGGCUCCACGCUCUUCAACGUCGAGAGCACUGACGAGGCGUUCCCCAGCGAGCUGUGGCUGGGCGUCAGCCGGCAGGCCGUGUCGCUCUACAAGCGCGGGGAGCCCUGGCCCCUGGAGGUGUUCCCCUACGAGCAGAUCCUCUCCUUCGGGGCCCCGCUGCCCAACGCCUACAAGAUCGCCGUGGAGGGCCGCGAGCUGCUCUUCGAGACCCCUCUGGUGAUGGACAUCGCUAAGCUGAUGAAGGCCUACAUCAGCAUGAUGGUGAUGAAACGCCACAGCAACCCCCAGUCGCUCAGCAGCCACGGCAGCCAGAGCAGCGCCUGGUGACCCCCAGGACCUCUGAACUUUGACCUCUGACCCGGGCGCUGUGUGGGUACAGCGCCCGGCGUCUGACGGGCCAGGACCCGAAGAGGGGGAGGAGCCUGGCGUCAUGAAGACAAAAAACCACCACAUCCCCACCACGAACCAAAC